GUUCUAGGUAGAUUAAAAGAUGAAGAAAUUCGAUGUCGAAAAUACUUAAAUCCAAGUUCAUAUACUAAAGUGAUUCAUGAAUGUCAGCAACGAAUGGUAGCAGACCACUUGCAGUUCUUACAUGCGGAAUGUCAUAAUAUCAUUCGACAAGAGAAAAAAAAUGACAUGGCAAAUAUGUAUGUCUUACUACGUGCUGUGUCUACUGGUUUACCUCAUAUGAUUCAGGAGCUGCAAAAUCAUAUCCAUGAUGAGGGCCUUAGAGCAACCAGUAACCUUACUCAGGAAAAUAUGCCAACACUAUUUGUAGAGUCAGUUUUGGAAGUACAUGGUAAAUUUGUUCAACUUAUCAACACUGUUUUGAAUGGUGAUCAGCACUUUAUGAGUGCAUUGGAUAAGGCCCUUACAUCAGUUGUAAAUUACAGAGAACCCAAAUCUGUUUGCAAAGCACCUGAACUGCUUGCUAAGUACUGUGACAACCUACUAAAAAAAUCAGCAAAAGGGAUGACUGAGAAUGAAGUGGAAGACAAACUCACAAGCUUUAUUACUGUUUUCAAAUAUAUCGAUGAUAAGGAUGUUUUUCAAAAGUUCUACGCAAGAAUGCUGGCAAAACGUUUAAUUCACGGGUUGUCUAUGUCUAUGGAUUCUGAAGAAGCCAUGAUCAAUAAACUAAAGUUUGAAUUAUUUUACAGCCAGCAUUUCAGUGGAAGGAAACUUACAUGGUUACAUUAUCUCUGUACAGGUGAAGUUAAAAUGAACUAUUUGGGCAAACCGUAUGUAGCCAUGGUUACAACAUACCAAAUGGCAGUUCUUCUUGCCUUUAACAACAGUGAAACUGUCAGCUAUAAAGAGCUUCAAGACAGCACUCAGAUGAAUGAAAAGGAACUGACAAAAACAAUCAAAUCAUUACUUGAUGUGAAAAUGAUUAACCAUGAUACAGAAAAGGAAGAUAUUGAUGCAGAAUCUUCGUUUUCAUUAAAUAUGAACUUCAGCAGUAAAAGAACAAAAUUUAAAAUUACUACAUCAAUGCAGAAAGACACACCACAGGAAAUGGAGCAGACUAGAAGUGCUGUAGAUGAGGACCGGAAAAUGUAUCUCCAAGCUGCUAUAGUUCGUAUCAUGAAAGCACGAAAAGUGCUUCGGCACAAUGCCCUUAUUCAGGAGGUGAUUAGCCAGUCAAGAGCUCGGUUUAAUCCCAGUAUCAGCAUGAUUAAGAAAUGUAUUGAAGUUCUGAUAGACAAACAGUACAUUGAACGCAGUCAAGCGUCCGCAGAUGAGUACAGUUACGUCGCGUGAUGUCUCUCUCCAGUGUGAGUGUGAGAAGAUCAUUGCCAUCACCAUUCGGUGUGUUCCUGUGGGAAAAAGCAGGCCUGUGCCUCCAUAAUUUGGUCAUUUGGCAGCCCCUGUUUUUCUGCUGUUUACAACAUCACCAGUGCCACGUCAUGAGCGUCAAAGAAAAUGCCUAGAGAUAUUUCAAGCUCAUGUCAUUAUGACAUUUCUUAAAACUUUAUUAAAAGAAUGAGUGAAGUAUUGCUGAAAUGUGGAAAUUUGGUUGGGUACCAUGCUUUUUCUCCCCUUCACGUUUGCAGUUGAUGUGUUUGUUUUUUUUUUAAUGUAUCUUAAAGGACAUAAAAUAAAAACUUAAAUAUUGUAAUAUGACAGAUAACCUAAUAAUUGUAUCUACAUUAAAUGACAAACAUGAUAUUGCUGCUUGUCAAAUAAGAAAAAAAUAAAGAAAUAGAAUGCC